AUGAAGCUGGGCGGCGCAGCACUAUGCGGUCGAUACGGCGGCGGUGGCUCUGCGAAGCUGCUAUUGUCUGCAAACGGAUCUGCAGGUCUGUGCGAAUUUGAUGUAAUCGACACCAUAUCUGAAGUAUCCAUUCCACCGUGGUGGGAAAAGGUGAAGCGUAUGGCGGCCGUGAAAAGCCCGAUGAAUGUUCCUCAGGCCGAGCGCCAGGGACUGAUGGUGCCGGACGCCUGA